AUGGCCACGUUACACAGUUUCUAUGUAUUUUACAAAAACAAAUGUAUUUAUCGCAUAUUAUACACUGAAGCAGUACUUAGAGCUGUGAAAAAUUGCACUAAACACUCAUCUAUACAUAGCCAACCCUCAGAAGUCAGUGAUUCUGCGGACACACAUAAGAAUGAAUCUCCUGUGGAAGAUUUGGAAGAGUCUAACAAGCAAUAUGAAAAACUAUUACUGGGUUUCCUCUCCGGAUUGUCAUCAUUUAGCAAAACGAUAUGUAUGGCCAAUGAUUUGAAUGAUCCAGACGGAUUGUCUAUCGCACAUUUCAAUUCAUGCACAACUCACAAUUUCAAGAUUCACUACUUUGAGACCAUAACAGGCUACAAGUUAAUAUGUAUUACAUCCCCCGAUUCUCCAGGGCUUGAACAAACUUUAAAGUCAAUGUAUAUUGAUCUAAUCACGAAUUUGAUAUUAGCUAAUCCACUUUAUAAAGUUGGAACAACAAUAAAAUCGACAGAAUUCGAUUGUUUGGUUGAAAAAACACUCUAUACCGCCAUGAAUCAAUAA